AAGCAAGACAAAAAAUGCAAACAUUGCGCCAUGGACAUAUUUAUACAGAGGCAUUCGCUGAAUUUCUUCGGCAUUCUUAGCCUUCCUCCUUCGAUUCCCUCGUUGGCAAAUCCUUGAAAAAUGACACCUGAAGAAACAUCGCUGUUAGCUUCUAUCGGAGUCACUGAUUAUUGGAACAUCGCACAGCUGGUUUUGAUUUGCUCUAUGUAUGGAUUUUAUCUUCUCCUGGCUUUCAUAGCAUUAGCACUACUUCUGAAAUCGGGAAUCCCAAGCACUCGUCCCCGUCGUUAUCUUCUUGGUAUCACAAUCAUUAUUCUGGGAAUCAACACCUGGGCAUACAUUAUUAGUGUCGGAAUUGAACUCGUUCGAUUGAAAAAUGUGUUCAAUCCCCUGAGUAAUGGUGGGGGGCUUAGAGCGCAAGCAGAGGUGGCAAAUGCCAAAGCAUUACCAUGGGGCCAUAUGAGUGUCUGGGCAGCAAACUUGAAUCUUCUGGUUGGAGAUGCUACGGUUAUAUGGCGAGCUUGGGCAAUAUAUACAGGGAACAGGAUUGUUCAAUGGUUUCUGGUGACCCUAAUGGCAUUGAACGGAGCCAUACUCAUAAUCUCUAGCGCAUGCGAUGUGGCAGAUCUAUCCGAGGGUCUACAGACAACUGUUCUUGCUCUCAGCGUGACAUCGAUUUGGACUUCUCUACUUACGAACCUCGUUGCUACAUCACUCAUCGGGGUCAAGUUGAUAGUGCACCAUAAAACUGUCAAGCCAUUGUAUAACGGGAAACAACGGUCGCACGUUGAACGUCUUCUGCUAUUGUUGGUUGAAUCUGGGACAGUCCUAGGCGUCUUCCAGCUCCUCUAUGCAAUUUUACUCACCUUGGAAGACUUUACGAUCACCACACAAAAUGAGACGGCCGCGUACCUGAUGUUCAGUUCGGUCUUUUUGGAGGUAGUGCCAAUGUAUCCGGUGGCAGUGAUUAUCCUCGUCAAUUUGGAGCGAGCGCCACUGGCAGAAUCUUUUCACCUCAGCAUUCGUGCAACACCUGGCACUGCAGAGUCCAAAUCACCCAAUGGACACAAAGUAGCUGGUAGCAUCGAUUUAGCAACGCCGCAUCAUCUCUCAACGAUCAGAUUCGUUGAAGGAGGAGGCGACGAUGCUUUGAUGACAGCUGGUAGCAGCUUCAAUAGUGACCAUGUUGCACAAAACGAUCUGGAGGCCGACAAUUCUCAAAUUUAAUCUGUUGCGACAGCUGUUAAUCUUUAUUAACUUUGAAAAAAUUCCAGUUCUUAACUUAUAAACAUCAUGUAUAAUAUUCUACAGUCCGAUUAUCUGUACUUAUAAUUCUCGUUUGGUGAAGUGAGAUAAGUGGUAAGUAGAGGUACUAAUGGGACCGAACAAGGUUGCCUAACACCCUUCACAACCUCGAAAAACUUAUGGAACCACAUGUAGAU